AUGUUCAAGCGCGCAUUCCGGUCCCAGCAAGACCAGAACCGCGUGGACAAGUCGUCGCGGCUCAAGAAGCCCGGCUCCUCCAAGGACAAGGCCAAGGAGCACGUCAAGGCAAAGAACAUCAACAUCACCCCCUCGCCGAUUGUCACCCUGACCGUUGGCCGCGAGGGACGCCUCUUUGCGGCGCACGAGGAUGUCCUCAGCCAGUCGCCCUUUUUCGAGGCGGCCUGCGGCAAGGACUCCUCUGCGGACGCCAUGAGCAAGAGGAUCUCGCUUCCCGACGAGGAGCCCGAGAUCUUCUCUGCCGUCCUCGAGUAUCUCUACAAGGGGGACUACUACCCGCGCCUGGUCCACAACAGGCACCGCAACUCGUGGGAGCUCGAGGACCGCAUGCGGACUCCCCAGAAGUCGUCGCCAAACCCCGACAACGGGGGCGGCCACGCAGGCACCGGCGGCUCCGAUGCCGCCGUCUACCUGUCCAGCGUCGGGGCCGAGGUCCUGCGCGACACCGUCAUCUACUGCGCCGCGGACCGGUACGGCCUCGAGGAGCUGAAGCGCCUGGCCCUCCGCAAGCAGGGGCUGCACGCCGGCAUCGACGUCGGCACCAUCCUGCGGUCGGCCCAGUACGCCUACGCCAACACGCCUGAUUCGGACAGUCGCCUGCGCGCCCACUACCUGGCCCUCAUCAUCCGCUGCCGCAAGACGUUCAAGCGCAGCGGCACGAUGCAGGCGGAGAUGGAGGCGGGUGGCAGCAAGCUGUUCUUUGACCUGUUCGUCGCCAUGUGCAACCACUUGGACGACGUUAUUGACGUUACCAACAACCGCUCUCCCAAGACUGUAUGA